CCCGUUUAGUUCAUCUCCGUCGGAGUUCUGACUCCCCUACGCGCCCUAAUCUCAAUGACCUGCUCCCAUCGUUCCCGUUUGUGGCGCCAACCGUCCAAGUAUCUUUCCUUUUUUUUUCCUUUUCGUUUCUCCUUUUCUGACUGAACUUUGCUCACCCCUUUUCAUCAUUAAUAUCCCAAAUUAUUAUGUCAUUGACUACAUUCUUAUUCAUUUAAUCAGUUCUGAUGCGCUUUGGGAAAAACUUCCACUCUUCCUCACCGUAUUUGCACUACGUUUGUGGGGCCAUAGCGGUUGCAAGCACAAUAGAAUCACUGUACAACCUUCAGGUAGAAGAAGUUGACAAGGAGGCGUUCUCUCCCCAAGACUUCAUCAAUUGUGCAUAUUCCACUAAAGGCCGUGGAGAUGAUAAAAAGGCACAGAAUGUUGAGAUAGUUCCGGUGAAAAUCUUGAGCAAAUUAUAUAAACACGCUCGAGAUGAGGGUUUAAGCAGGGAAAGGGAAUGUCCAUUCCAAAAUGGGAUCAAAUUUCCUUGCAACAAAAAGAAAAGUCCUCAACUUGCACGAUUAGGCAACAUCUUCGAUGGAGAGUUGACAGAAGAGGAGUUGCUGAAAUUGGUGGCAAAACACCCCGUGAACGCAGUGGUUGAAAUGGACUAUGCUUUUAUAAAGUUGAAGAAGGAUGUGAUAUAUAAAAAAGAUGAAAUUAAGAAAUGUGAAUAUGAAAGUAGUAAACAAAGUAAAAAAAGCAAAGACAAAGCAAAAGCGCCGCAAAACCAUUCAGUAUUAGAACAUGCGAUUGUAGUUGCCGGCUAUGGUACUAAGAAAGGGGUCAAUUAUUGGAUCAUCAGGAAUUCCUACGGCACUACUUGGGGUGAUGGCGGCUAUGGUCUUUUAAUGAGAUCGUCUUCUUCAAAUAACUCUUCUGUUUUCAAAAAUGUUUCUUUUGCAGAGAUCAUAGUGGACAAUAGGAAAAGAAAAGAGCCCGAGUCAACAACUUUGACAAAUUUCUGGAAUUCAUGGUUCAAAAGGCAAGGUGAGAAAGAGAUGAAGAUGCAGAAACUUAGAUGAAGAGCAUGAAUGUAGGGAGAAGGGCCACAAAUGACACCAAGGUUUUUAAUGAAUCUCGGAUAGGACACUCAGGUUUAUGGUGGACCAAAUAAACACAAAUUUAAACUUUUACCUUUAUUUUUACCCACCCACUAACAUUGCCGUUUCAAAGACCGUUUCCCAGCUCAAAGACCCAUUUGCCGUGCGAUUAAACACACAACUCCCGCAACCCUAAUUUUCAAUAGAACACUCGACUCUUCAAAAUGUUGUGUGUGUUCGUGCUUUUUAUUCUGGGGCUAAUGAAAUCGUCGGAGACAGCGCCAUCUCAAUGGGAUCCUCUGCUGAACAGGGACAGAAUGGAUCGAUCUUAGAUCUGCGUGGGUUAGUUGCAAAAGAGGAAACGCGAGCCACAGAUGAUGAAACGACUGAAGGAUCUGCACGGGACAUCCAAAAUGAUGACUGGCCGGAGAGACAAGGUUGUGGCGGCGACUGUGACUUUCCCGCUGUAAAGACGGCACAAAUUCAGCGAGGCAAGACGGCAGUCGCAGGCAGAAUACACAGCUUCCUCAGAAAUGGCAAGGAAAUUUCUAGAACGACAACUAAUUGGAAACAAUCUGUGGUUGGUUGGGUAUGCAUUCCAGUAAUUAUUUCUUUUAUUGGUUAUGCAUUCCAGGGAAUUGAUUUUGUGGGUUUUGCUCAAAAGUUGGUUUUGAUUUGCAUUCUGGCUCAAAGGUUGGAUCUUGUAAAUUGUGGAAGAACUUUAGAGCCGAAGAAAAUGAUGAAAAUAACAAAGAAAAAGAAGAUGGUAAUGGAGAAGACAAGGUGGACGGCCGUUUAACGGCAAUGUUAAUGGGUGGUUAAAACUGAGCAUAAAAGUUGAAAUUUGUGUUUAUUUGGUCCAUUAUAAACCCGAGUGUCCUAUUUGAGAUUCAUUAAAAACCUUAGUGUCCUUUUUGGUCAUUCUCCCCAUGAAUGUAUUCAAAUCUUUGAAGAUACUUUCAUAUGUGAUUAGUACCAUGUUUUUGCUUGAUAGAGUUCAUCCGUAUAGUACUAUUCAUGGCAUGCCUCAUAUUAGUAUUUUGUCCUUUGCUGAUGACCUCAUUAUUUUUUCUAAUGCUGAGAAAAAGAACUCUUGAGUCCUUGAAUCAAACCAUAAUUGAUUAUGAAAACUUUUCUGGGCAA